AUGGUGACAGAUGUGGAGCUGGCAAUAUUUGCAAACAUGUUAGGAGUUUCCCUAUUCCUGCUGGUAGUCCUGUACCCUUAUGUGGCUGUCAACAACCCCAAGAAAGUUUAA